UCUCCGACUCAGUAAAGUCCGCCAAAAAUUUUCUCCGCCACAAAAAAAAAAUCUCGGAAUCAACUUUCUACGAUGUCAACCAAGAUUUUCUUCAACGAUUAGAUACAAAAUUUGCACUCUUUUAGCUUCGUUAAUGGACAUUCGCAGUUGCUCCUCUCUGCUUCCUCUUUCCCAUGGCGGCGCUCUUCACUUCCCCCCGUUUUCCCUCACUCUCCUCCGCGCCAAACACUCUCCGAUUUUCACCGUCGCUGCGCCGAUUUUCCGUGGUACUCAGAGCUCAAAUGGCCGCGGCCGGGAACAAGAUACAGAAAGAGGAAAGAGGCGUCGCCGUCGUCUGGUUCAAGCACGAUCUCCGAAUCGAUGAUCACCCAGGCCUCGUCGCCGCUUCCAAACAUCCCGAUAUCAUUCCUCUCUACGUCUUCGACGACCGCAUUCUUCGCAGAUUUUCCGAUGAAAUGUUGGAAAGGGUUCUUUUGGCCUUGGAAGAUUUGCGAAGUUUGUUGAGAAGUCAAGGCUCUAAUCUGAUGGUUAGGUUCGGAACCGCCGAAAAUGUGAUACAGAGACUUGUCAAAGAGGUAAAUGCCACGCAUGUUUAUGUAGAGGAGGAGGUCGAGUACGACCUGCGAAAGCUGAUGGUUGUAGCCAAAGAGACCUUGGAGAGACUGUCGUUUACAAAGGACGGACCAACGUUUGUUCUUUGGAAGUCGCCAUUUUAUGAUGUGGAGAGCUUAAUUGAUGUUCCUGCUUCAUAUGAAGAAUUCAAUAAACUUCAAUUCCCAGUUACCUCGCCACUUUCACCAUCAGAAUUACCUGGUGCAAGCAUGGAGUUAGAUUGGGGUCCUAUCCCCAAUUUUGAUGAUUUGACGGAAUUUAUGGACACAAACUCGUGGAAACUGAAAAGCAGUUGGACCAAUAUCAAGGAGAAGUCAGCUGAAACUAUAUUGAUGAAGGAGUUCUUAAAGCCUGGGGAGCACAACCUAAAUAAAUCGAUCAGUUUUCAAAAUGCACAAAGUUUUCAGAAGAAAAGAGAAGUUAAUUCUGUUUUUGUCACACGGAAAAUAAGUGCAGUGGGAGGUGGGACAACCACCGUGUUGAAUGCCUUGGCUGCAUACUUGAGAUAUUUGGAGGGAACAGCUCGAGAUGACUGGAAGGAGAUUCAUGAAAGGGUGUCCGAUUCUGAAGCCCGGGAAGGAGCCUCAUUCACUAAACUCUUUGGUCCUGCCCUUUCACUUGGCAUUGUAUCCAGAAGGAGAGUGCAUUGUGAAGCUAUCAAGUAUGAGAAAGAACGAAAUGCAGGAUUACUCUCUCCAUUUGGAUGUUCGACAGUUUCUGUUGCGGCUGCAGUUGAUGCAGUUUGCUCAAUGGAGUGGUACUGGCUCGUGUCUCUUAAAAGUCAAGUAAGUGAUAAUACAAGUUAUCAUGUUCGGAUUUGGAGAUGGAACAAUCAUCUGAUCCAGUAUACAGUUUCCGGGAGUGAGGGUCCUCCUAUUCUCCUUGUUCAUGGUUUUGGUGCCUUCAUGGAGCAUUACCGUGAUAAUAUAUGUGAAUUAGCUAGAGGGGGAAAUCGAGUUUGGGCCAUCACAUUGUUAGGAUUUGGAAAAUCAGAAAAGCCAAAUAUUGUAUACACUGAGCUCAUGUGGGCAGAAUUGCUUAGAGAUUUCAUUGUUGAUGUUGUGGGUGAACCUGUGCAUCUCGUCGGGAACUCAAUUGGCGGUUAUUUUGUUGCCAUUCUUGCUUGUUUUUGGCCUGCCUUGGCAAAAUCUGUUGUCCUUAUUAACAGUGCUGGCAAUACUGUUCCAGGAUAUUCCUUCGUGACAUCCAGUAAAGAGAGACAAACUUCAGGAGCUACAUGGGUUGGCGCUCGACUCCUUUUGUUCUACUUAAGGUCGAGACUGAAAAACGUAGUGAAGAAUUGCUACCCAACUAAAACUGAUAGAGUUGAUGAUGAGCUUAUUAAUGAAAUGUUGAGAGCAUCGUAUGAUCCCGGAGUUCUAUUUGUCCUGGAAAGUAUUUUUAGCUUUAAUCUCUCUCUUCCUCUCAAUUAUCUCCUGAGAAAUUUCGAAGGCAAGGUUCUGGUAAUCCAGGGAUUGAAGGACCCAAUAUCCGACUCCAAAUCAAAAUUAGCUAUGCUUAAAGAGCAUUGUGAUGGGGUAGUAAUCAAGGAAUUGGAUGCUGGCCAUUGUCCCCACGAUGAACUGCCGGAGGAGGUGAACUCUAUUAUCUGUGAAUGGAUAGUAACGCGAGAAAGUAAAAUCCAAGUUGGGAGUGGUCCUUUAUAGCGGAACUUUUUGGAGGCAGAAGUUCUUUUAGAUAUACAUUCUUUCUAUGCUCAUGUCAUUUAAUGUUGAAAGUACUUUGUAAAUUUAUUUUAGAUGAAUUUGUAAAAUUAUUUACUAGAUGUUCGGUUUUAUUUUGUUAGGCCUCCUAUUACGUUGGUCUAUGUUAGGAAGAGGGGCAGGAAGGGAAAAUCGUAGGAAAUAUGGGAGGGAAGUGGAAUUAUGGAAAAGGGUGGUUGAUGUGCAAGUUAGUUACAAGUUGUUAGCUAAGAGGUAUUUAGACAGGAGGGUGGGAUGUGAGGGAGUCUGUCUGGGAAUUGAGUCAUUUUUAUGUUUCAGACCAUUGGAGGCAGGGGCCUCAAAUUCCCCAUAGCUAUCGUUUCUUGUUCGUUUUCAUUUCUUCUUGUAAUUCUCUGAAAGAGGAAUCCCCUCCCUUGGAGGCUUGUUAGUCAAGAUUAAUAAAA